AUGGUCACUAUUAAUACUUGGGCCACCGGGAGCUCAAUUCAAACACCAAUCUUUGAGAAUUGUUGCAAGAAGGGAGAUGUUGUACUUGAAAUUCUUAAACCCCCUUCUGAUUAUCUGAAGUACCUGUUGGAAUCUUUAGAAACUGUCCCAAGAAACUUCCGGAAACAUAUACGGGAAUAUAAUUCAGCACUUACGUUUACCUCAGUCAAAUACAAUACGGAUACAAGAGUUGGCGCAAAUGGCGGUGGUAUAAGUUGCUUCCAAAUUCAUGGUGAAUUAUAUCAUCUUCAGGCACCAUUGGUACCAGCAAUCGGAGCAACUCCUUCCUUCGCCCAACUAUAUUUCUACGAUACAGAAUAUUCGGCCCAACAGUUUCAACUGGUCAAUGUUCAUGCCCCGAUUUGGGACACCGAGGAAGAUGCAAGCAUACACGGCGCGGAAUAUCUGCCCAUCAUCCCCACUACCUUUGGACGCUUCGGCAAGAGCCUAUAUGUAUUACCAUCUUCUUUAGCUUUGACAAUUGCAAGUUUCGGAAGUGAAAAACGAUCAAGCAACAUCAUGAGCACUCACCAUCUUGACGAUAAGGCCACCGAGGCUAUGAGCAACAAAGAUUAUGGGCCUUCUGUCCUCCUAAUGCCUAAUGAAACCUGA